GCGGCCACGUUGCAGCCCAGGCGGAGGCGAGGGGUCUCGAGCCAAGAUCGCCCUCUUGGGCAUCGGUGCGAUCGGCGGCGGGAGGCUCCCUGGGAACCAGGUGGUUCAAGGGCUGAGCUGUGCGGCCAGACAAGAGGUCCCUGCCCUCCCCCAGUGAGCCCUGCCGUUCCUGUGGGAGCCAUGAAGCUGAACGAGAGGAGUGUAGCCCACUAUGCACUCAGCGACUCCCCAGCAGACCACACGGGCUUCCUGCGCACCUGGGGGGGCCCAGGGACCCCAUCGACCCCUAGUGGCACUGGCCGAAGAUGCUGGUUUGUCCUCAAGGGCAACCUGCUGUUCUCCUUUGAGAGUCGCGAGGGCCGGGCCCCGCUGAGCCUGGUGGUGCUGGAAGGCUGCACAGUGGAGCUGGCUGAGGCUCCCGUGCCUGAGGAGUUUGCCUUUGCCAUCUGCUUUGAUGCUCCUGGAGUGCGCCCACACCUGCUGGCCGCAGAAGGGCCGGCGGCCCAGGAGGCCUGGGUGAAGGCGCUGUCUCGGGCAAGCUUUGGCUACAUGCGCCUGGUGGUACGUGAGUUGGAGAGCCAGUUGCAGAACGCACGCCAGAGCCUGGCUUUGCAACGCCGCUCAUCCUGGAAGUCUGUUGCCGGCCGCUGUAAGCCCCAGGCUCCUAACCACCGAUCUAUGGGCCUGGAGAAUGGCCACUCCCUCUCCAAGGACAGCAGCCCCGUGGGCUUGGUUGAAGAAGGGGGCAGCAGGUCUUCAGGGUGGGGGUUGGCUGAGUGGGAGCUGCAGGGCCCUGCCAGCCUCCUCCUAGGCAGGGGGCAGAGCCCUGUGUCCCCUGAGACCUCCUGCUUCUCUACCCUGCAUGACUGGUAUGGCCAGGAGAUCAUGGAGCUGCGGCAGUGUUGGCAGCAGAGGGCCCAGAGGAGCCAGCCAAAAUGUGAGGAACAGGAUAAGCCCUAAGUCUGGACCCUUUGAGUCAGGAAACCAGGGCCAGUUCUUUUUCAGGAGUUAAAUGUUUACCCAUUUCCAACGUUGUGUUUUGGGAGGGGACAUGGGUUCUCUCCUUCCUGCUAUUUAGGCAUUCUCCAGAUUCCAGAUCCACCCGUGUGUCUGGAAGGGACUGAGGGACCAUUCCUUCCAUCCUCUUUAUUUCCUGAGGUCCAGAGAGUAAAGGAGACUUAGACGCCACAGAGCAAGACCCCAAUCUCCUGACUGCACUGGCCUGACUGGCCCCUCCCAGGGGAUGUUAAUGAAAUGAAGGAAGUGGGAAAUGUCACCUGAGAGUGUCACAGGCUUGCCCUACCUUUGACCUAUACACCAGGCUCUGGAGCCAUAAUUUCCAACCUGGGGAGUCUCAUGUGCAUUUAAAUCCGAGGUAGGCUGCAGUAUUGGCUUAAGGCUCUGACACUGUCAGAGAAAGUGGAUUUAUUGUGUCACAGGAGUUUCUGGGACCCAGCUCUUCCUGAGAGGGGUGGGAAGAUUGGGGAUCCUCACUCAGCAGUUUGGGUAGGGCCCUUUGAGGCAGAGGGUCUUCGGCCAGUGAAGAUUUACUCUGCUCAGAGUGUUGGGGUCCCAUCCUUUCUCCCCAGCUCCCCUGUUAACAGAUGGUGCUGGACCUUGCCCCAGAAGGGGCUUGUAGCUUUUUUAUGUCAACGAAAUGCCCUCCUGUACUCUGUCUUCAACAGCCAACUCCUGGAGCUGCCAAGUGAGGGGUUAAAGAAGAGGUGGGUAGGCAGCGUGACUCCCUGGGUAAAGUUUGUUGCUUUGGUUCUCAGUCCUGGGUAUUCUAGAAGUUUGGACACGGGAUUCCGUUUCCUGUGCUAAAAUUCUCCCUCCUGGCUGGGCUCCCGUAAACUGAAGCUACUCGAGAAACCACCUGGAAACUCUCAUAGCCCUGUUUGUCACCCAGGGUGUACUUGCCAGGACCUUUCCUUGCUACUCUUCCCAACAUCGAGCGUGAUUUUUCUAUUGUUCUGGGAGGCAAAGCGGCUGGGUCACCAGAGCCUAACCAGACUGACGCCCCAGGGGGAAGACGCAGAGGCCGGGAGGAGACACCCCCUCCCAAACACACAAAACUUGCCUCUUCCUGGCCUCGGCUCCCCUCACUGGGGCCUUGGGCAGGGGUGACCCGCACCCAACUAGGCCUAAGGGGGACGCUCGGAGCCUCUUACCCCCAGGAGGCGGAGAUGCGCCCAGGGCGGGCGCCCGGCCUGUUCCCCAGCCCUGCCUGGAAGCUCCGCAGCCACUGCAUUUUGUUGACAGGCCCUUCUCUUAUUGCUACAGUGUUUUGUACGCGGUUAAAACACUAGUAAAGCUUUUUCAUUAUUA